AUGGCGCCGCGCACACGGCUGGCAGCCACUACGGCUUCCGGACUACUGCGAAGCUCAAGGCGGCUCGCAAUCCCAAGAAAAUCUCCACUUGCUACUGUUCUGACAGCGUCGUCGGUCCGCAGCUUCUCGCAGCUCAACUCGCACUCCGCCACAGAUCCGACCAAUGUCUUCGCUUCUUUCGGCAGCUCCAGCUCCAACUCCAAGUCCGGGCUUCCCUCUUAUUUUUCGUCAAGCAAGCGUCUGCCGACAAACACAGUGAUCCGCUUCGUGCCACAGCAAACAGCAUGGAUUGUAGAGCGCAUGGGAAAGUUCAACCGCAUACUGGAGCCGGGUCUUGCCGUCCUGAUACCCUUCAUUGACAGGAUCGCCUAUGUCCGGAGUCUGAAGGAGAAUGCCAUCGAGAUUCCCAGCCAGAGUGCCAUCACAGCGGACAAUGUCACGUUGGAGCUGGAUGGUGUGCUUUACACCAGGGUCUUCGACGCAUACAAGGCCAGUUAUGGUGUAGAAGAUGCCGAGUACGCCAUCUCCCAACUGGCGCAAACCACGAUGCGCUCCGAGAUCGGUCAGCUCUCCCUCGACCACGUCCUCAAAGAACGCGCCAACCUGAACGCCAAUAUCACGGCCGCCAUCAACGAGGCAGCACAAGACUGGGGCGUCACUUGUCUCCGAUACGAGAUCCGUGACAUCCACGCACCCGAGCCCGUCGUCGAAGCCAUGCACCGCCAAGUAACUGCCGAACGUUCAAAGCGAGCCGAGAUCCUGGAAUCAGAAGGUCAGAGACAGUCUGCUAUCAACAUCGCCGAGGGAAAGAAACAGUCAGUCAUCCUGGCCUCUGAGGCCUUGAGGGCUGAGCAGAUCAACAUGGCAAACGGAGAGGCUGAGGCUAUCUUGUUGAAGGCUACUGCUACUGCCAACGGCAUUGACGCAGUUGCUCGCUCCAUCUCUCAAGGCGGGGGCGCAGCGCAGAACGCCAUCUCGCUUUCCGUGGCUGAAAAGUACGUGGAUGCAUUCGGCAACCUGGCUAAGGAGGGCACAAGCAUUGUUGUUCCGGGCAAUGUUGGCGAUAUGAGUGGCAUGAUCGCUAGCGCCAUGGCAGUAUACGGCAACGUCAAUGCUUCCCAAGCAAAGGCGCAAGCGUCCAAGAUGGUCGAGGGCGGCAACAACAAGCAAAUCCAAGAGCUCCAGAGCAAGUUGAACGAUGCUGAGAGUGGAUCGAACCAGAUGCACAACGAGAUCAACAGGGUCAUGGACGAGAGGUUGAACAAGCGGUAG